AUGUCCGAUGAUGGAGGUGAUGACAUAGUCGGCGAAUCGCCUGAAGCGGGAGCACCAGAAGAAAUCCAUGUGACAUCAGAUACCCCGGCUAAGGGUGCAAUGACUAUCGAAGAAGCAUUGCAAGAUGUCUUAAAGCGUGCCCUUGUCGUAGAUGGUUUAGCACGCGGUUUGAGAGAAUGCGCCAAGGCUUUGGAUAGACGCCAGGCCCACUUAUGUGUUCUUGUCGAAUCGUGCACGGAAAAAGAAUACGUCAAACUUGUCGAGGCCUUGUGCGGUGAACACAACAUUCAAUUGAUCAAGAUCAGUGACGCAAAAAAAUUGGGCGAGUGGGCUGGACUUUGUAAGAUUGAUCGCGAAGGUAAAUCACGUAAGGUGGUUGCGUGCUCGUGCGUCGUCGUAAAAGACUAUGGUGAGGAUUCCGAAGCCAGGAACGUGUUGUUGGAUUGUUUCAAAUCACGUUAA